ACAUUUAGUGACUGUGUCUUGGCAUGUGUGUGUGUGUGUGUCUGCUUGUCUGGGCUGGGAACAUGCGUGUGCAUGUUUUUCUGUGUUCUUCCUGCACAUUUGCUUGCGUGGGCAUGUGCGUGUCUGAGUCUCUGGGUGUCACCUCAUCUCGUAACAAUGAGAGGCAGAUCUUAGCUGAUUUCUCCCACAUCAGGUGACCAGUAGUGAGUUGAGAGCAGAGAGUCAGAGAAGCCUAACUGCGUGUGUGUGUGUGUACGAGAGAGAGAGAGAGAGAGAGCGAGAGGAAGAUUCCACCAAACUAACAAACCAGCAAAAAUGCCGAGGAAACUGAACGAACAGAAACUGCACGGCAGUGUAUCGGAACAGGACUCCACUGAAUAUUGUACCUACGAUCCUCCAAAUUCAGCCAUCCCGCUGAAUCCAGGGUUUCUGCCCGAGAGCAUGAACAGGAUGAAGAUGACGAAGAGGAAGAUAGUGAUUACGACGCUCUUGGUCCUGACGGUGCUGGCCAUCAUCGGUAUCUCCAUCUACUUCGUGAAGGUACUCCUCGACACCAACUACUUUUUCUGCGUCAAGUCCUUCAAGUUCAUCUCUCUGGAGGCGCAGUGCAAUGGGGUCUCGGACUGCAUGGACAGCGAGGACGAGAUGAACUGCGUCAUCAACAUCACCUUCACCGGGGAGUUCCCAGUGAGAAUUUCCGGAGCGGACUCUAUCUUGGAGGUGUAUAACUCUGAGAGCCGGACCUGGAGGCCCGUGUGCUACAAGGACUGGGAUGAGAAACUGGCUCAAGCCACUUGCAAACAACUGGGACAUUCCAGGCACCAGGAGUUGGUCAGCCGUCCGGUGCCAAUGCUGUCGGUCUCUGUCUUCGCUAUGAUCGACAUAAGCAAAGACUACGCCCAGAAGUCAAUCCAGUCGAUACUGAGGGACGGGUCCUGUUCUGACAAGAAGGUCGUAUCCCUGGUUUGUGAACAGUGUGUCAGGAGUGGGGAGGAGCGGAUUGUGGGUGGCAAUGACGCGUACAUCGAUAACUGGCCCUGGCAGGUCAGCCUGAAAUACAAGGACCAACAUCUGUGCGGAGGAAGCAUCUUAAACUCCCAGUGGAUUGUCACAGCCAGUCACUGCUUCUCCAAGGAACACGACCAGAUCCAGCUGUGGGAGGUCUACGUCGGAACCGAAUAUCUCAAGAGCGGCGGACGGACCUUCCGGGUCGGCAAAAUAAUCACCAACGGACAGUUCGACGACAACGACAACGAUUAUGACAUCGCUCUGAUCAAGCUGAAGUCUGCGCUGCCUUACACAGAAUACAUCCGGCCGAUUUGUUUACCGAACUACAACACACCGAUUAGCCCCAACCAGGAGGCAUGGAUUACCGGCUGGGGCCACACCAAGCAAUCCGGGAAAGGGUCGGAUGUGCUGCAGAAAGCCAGUGUUUUGGUGAUUGACCGGAUCACGUGUAACCAGAGGGAGGUGUAUGCUGGGCAGAUCACACCCCGCAUGCUCUGCGCUGGCUUCUUGGAGGGCAAGGUGGACGCCUGUCAGGGAGACAGCGGAGGUCCGUUAUCUUACCACAGUGACAUGUGGCGGCUACUGGGGGUGGUAAGCUGGGGGAGGGGCUGUGCUAUCCCUAACCGCCCUGGGGUCUACGCCAACAUCAGCUUCUUCCUCGACUGGAUCUACCACGUCAUGCAGUCGUAGAAGUGAGCAGGAGGCCACGGGACAAGAUGGGAUGGGAUGAAGAUGGUCACCGCGUUCUGGCGGAUGUGUUGAAAGACGUCAACUUUGUGCACUUUAUCCGCAAAAGUCCGGAUCCGUCAGGCAGGGGCAGACGCCUUGUCUGUGCCUUGUGCCCGCUCUACCAUCACCUGAGGGCGAGAGCGUGCAGCCAGGGGCUGCCUCUGUGCCACACUGACCCACACUGAACUCAACUCAACUGACCUCCACUCCAUUUCAGCCGAUGACUUUUCUGAGCGAAUCAGGUCUGGUCAGUAAAGGAAUUCAUGCGAGCAUCCACACGGAACACUUGCUGAGAAUCCUUCUCCCGUGUCAGGACGUUCCCUUUCCCAGCAGUGAAAUCUGCGACGUUUCUUGUAAUAAUUAUCACGUGAAGAAAAGUGGGUUCUGAAACUUUCUGCGGCUUUCUCUCCAACUUGUCCCUCUCUGUGCCAUUGUCUCCCUGGGUCUGUGUCCCCGACUGUGACUGUCUGGGUCUGUGCGUGUGUGUGUAACUGGGGCCAGGAAAGCUGUCAGUCCGUUACAGUCUCACGCUGUGGUCAGAUAUUUUGCUAAAUUUGCACUGAAUUUUUUUGCUAAGAUAUUGAAUAAAUUGUGUGUUUGAUCCAC